GAAAGUGCAGUAUGACAGGGCGAGAAUCUUAUUUAUUUCCAUAAACGUCCCGUUUGCUGCCUAGACUUAACUUUGGACUUCCAUUUGAGUCGUAACAAGCCAUGGGUCUGCUUACAAUUGCUGCAUGUUCUGUGGUCGGCGCUGGUGGGGCUGUGCUGGCUGCGCCUGUGGUUCUGGGAGCCGUGGGCUUCACGUCUAUCGGUAUCGCUGCGGGUUCCUACGCAGCUGGCAUGAUGUCUACAGCUGCCGUCGCUAACGGAGGAGGGGUAGCAGCUGGAAGCCUGGUGGCUGUUCUACAGUCAGUCGGGAUGGCUGGUCUAGGUACAGCUGCCACUGCCGGUGUGGCAGGUACCGGGGGAGCUGUUGGAGGACUCCUCGGCCUUAUUAUUUAAGACAGACACCAUUCUGCCAUUUUACAGAGAAGACAAAGAAGUUGUCCAAUGGGGGGAAAAAAAAUCUACAAAUAUUCUACUGAGUUCAAGUUUUACUGCAAACAAUCCUAUCAAAUGAGUCAAUAAAAUUAUUUAACAAGUUUUGACUGGUUAUAUUGUGUCAAGGUUGUUGUUGUUUUUUUCUUUUGCCUCUUUCUUUUAAAAUAUAUUUCUGAAGAUGAAUAUUAGGUCUGUGUUAAGGUCUGAACUUUCUGUUGCAUGAAUGUGGUAUAUUAAGAUUUUAUCUCCUUGAAGAGAGAGCAGUGUGAUGGUAAACACGCAAUGGGCGGUGCUAGAGGGACAAAUAUCCAAAUGACUCCUUCAAGAAAAUGUUUCUAUUUUUCUUGAUUUUUAAUUUAGUUACUUCUUACCUUUUUUGCUAGUGGUUCACUGCUGUGUUGAAUUUGUGCCAUAAACAAGAUGUAGAAAUUAAACAUGUAUCAGUGAGAGAACAUGUGACUUUUUGAACAUUAAUCCAGAGUAAUCAGGAAAGCACAUACUAUCGUCAGGAUCCUUAGCUUUCAUGUUAAAACAUUUGAAUCUGAGUUAAUAAGACCAAAAAAUUAUGAGUGUAGCUGUUUAUAAAAUGUGCUUAUAAGUAAAAUAAAUGGCGCUGACUGUGACCUUAAACUG